CGUCUGCACCUGUUACAUCGGCGGAAAUCAGUCUGGGAGAUAAACUAUUUUUUCGUGUCUAACUUUGCCAACGGAGUGUUCCCGACUCCAAUAAGUAACGAACUUGAGGAUUUUUAUGGUGUUGUUUUCGAAAUAUUGUGAGUUUUGUGCUUAUUCUGGUGGUGGACAUUCAAGUCUUCUCCUUUUUCGUGGGGCUGUGUGAGGAGGAACGAGAAAACCCGUCAAAAUGUCGCAAGAUCGGACUGGGCCGAUCGUUCACGUCCGGGAAAAUAGCGACACAGAGCUUGAGGCCUUGUUCAACAUAGCAAUGAACCCACAGCUGGCAUCAGAGACGAACAAAUCAGUCCCGUUACGAAUGAGGAACCUUCCUGCUUCCUUUUUUCGCCCUCCCGAACCCCCGAAACAGAAUAUGCAGCAACAGAUGGGGGUAAAUGCGAGCAAAGACGGCCAUAGUCCAGCAGACGCACCCGUUUUCCACGGGGCAGUGAAUUCAUCGGUGAACAUUGCACACAUGAGGGCUCAUUCAUCACCUGCCAGUUUACAACAAAAUCUUAGCGCAGCCCCUCCACCCCCGCCCACAUCUCAUGUCCGACAGCAUAGUUAUGACCUGCUGGAUGAACAACCUUUGCCAGCCGGAUGGGAUAUGGCAAAAACUCCACAGGGUCAGAGGUAUUAUCUGAACCACGUCUUACAGAUAACGACCUGGAAUGACCCCCGCAAAACUCACACCCCUGGCACAACGGCCCCUAGCGGCAGCAGCAACAACAACAACAAUAACAACAACACCAGCAACCUCAACAGUUCUCCGCAGACUGGGAGCCCUGCUCCCUCCAGUCAGCCUGCUCCCAACUCCACGCCUGUCAAUGUGGACAAGGUCCCUCUCCCACCGGGCUGGGAGAGAGCGUUCACCGCAGACUGCGAGGUCUAUUUCAUCAAUCACAUUGACCGCACCACGAGUUGGUUUCAUCCCUCAAUACCUGUUCAUUUGCAGCGACCGGGGAUGAAGUUUCAGCAGCAGCAGCAGCAACAACAGCAGCAGCAGCAGCAACAGCAACUUUCCAGCGGUCCCAUUAGCCCUCAGCAGGAGCAGCUUAAGCAUCUGAAAAUCCAGCAGCUUCAGAUGGAGCAGGAACUUUUGAAGAAGAGGCAAGACGAGAUUGCAAGACAGGAGAUGGCGCUCCGGGCCCAGGUGAACGAGAACAUGGGUACAUCUGGCGGAGACGUCACGGCAAUCUCACAGUCCAGCGAAAUGACCAGCGUAGCGGACCCCUUCUUCGGACAGACUACCACCUCAGACCACCACAGGCAGGAGAGUGGAGACAGCGGGCUGGGUGGAAUGGGCACAAGCUACAGUCUACCCAGAACACCAGAUGACUUUCUCGGGAACAUGGAAGACAUGGACACAGGGGACGGGGGCCCCAAGCUGACAGGUCAGGCAGACUUCAGCAGCAUGGAUUUGGCAGGAGUAAACGACGUAGGAGAUCACCUCAACAUGGACUCAGAAGAUUUGGUGCCCAGCUUGCAGGAGGAAAUUGCCAGCGAUUUACUGAAGGAUGUUGAGACAGUUUUAGGCAACAAGGAUAAUCCCUUAACAUGGUUGUGAGAUUGGACAUCCCUCAUUGCGCAUUCAUCACCACAGCUACAAUAUAUCACCAGCACCGCCAUCUUCCUCCUCACCGCCAUCGAUAUCAUAGUUCACUCCAGUCAUUCACAGAAGCAGCAGCAGCAGCAGCAGCCAAGAAACGGAUAUCAGUAUGAUGUUCUCUGUGACAGUAACUUAUAUGAAUUAGCUAAAUUAGUCAUUUGCCUCAUCCCUCAUUUUCACCACGAGAUAUCUCCUCCUCCUUGUAAUGGCGUUGUUGUUUUCUUUACAUGAUGGCAACUUUUUUUUUCUGUUUUUGUCAAUGAAAAAAAAACCUGUGUGUCCAACACAGACCGGUACUUCACGCUGUCAUUGCAACCUUCUUAACAAAAGCUAUUUGUGUGUCAUCGUCGUCGUCGUUGUCGUCGUGGUCGUCGUCGUCGUCGUUUUUGUGGUACUUUGUGUUCCGACAACCAUCCUCCACAUGAUUGUGUACAACCGAACCCGCCAUCUCUUCCCUCAUGCCCAAGGUUGUUCUUUCACCGUCCUCAUCCAUGCCUCAUUUAUGUGACAUCAGAGGAGAGCCAGAGUAGCAAUGGAGGGAGGGAGAUGAGGGACAUGCCAUUGUCGCAGAAAUAUGCAAGGAUUGUCUUCGUGGAUGCGCACAAAACUCAAUGAGAUAUGCUUUCCGUCUCCCCACUCAAUCUACCAAUGGAAUCUUUUUUCCCCCCUCCCCACUGUUUUAUGUUAUUUUGUUGGGCUGUAGGGGGGGGGAGGGUGUUUUUCCGGAGUACGCCAGGUCCUGCGGGAAUGGUGUUCUGUGUUUUUUCACUUUGCAAGAAUUCAACUGUUCAGUCUUUAAAAAGUAUUGAGGCCAGUCUGUGGUUGUGCAAUUCUGCCCGUCCUUUCUUGUAUCCAGCACUUUGCCUACAUGUGGUGGACAAGGCUACUCAGCCCAUACCAGAAUGUGGGAAAUAUCUGUUGUUGCAGUGUUCAGUUCUUUCUGACAAGUGUCAUGCAAAGAUAUUAUUGCAAAUUUGUGCACGUUUUAAAGUAUUGGUGACAUUCCUGUCCUUUUCACUCAUUUUGCACUCGUGUUCUUGUACUUGCCAUGAAGUAAAAUAAUAAUUUGGUACCGAUAGUUGUACCAGGACUUUAAAGUUAAUUGUAAUUUCGAACUCAAAUUUUUAACAUUUCGGCCAACUGCAAAUAUUACGGCCAUGGGCUAAAUUCUCAGGGGACAUAGCUGCUAGAAAGUGAGGGAGUUAGUCAGUAGGUCAUGUGCUCGAUAGAACGGAUGGGCUAGAAUGUUACCAUAUUCCUGUUAUCAUCUGUAUCAUACAUUCAUAUCCAUAUCUGUCAUCUUUGUCAUACACUUUUUAAUGUUUAAAAAAAAUUAUAUAGAUGAAACAUAUAAAUGAAUUAUAUAUACAAGUAUACACCCUAUAUUUUUUUACUCGCUCUCUCUAUAUUUUAUUCAUCAUCCACUUAAACAUGAAAGGCUGCCUCGUUUUCAAGACUGAACAGUGAAGAGUGCUUCAGUUUGAAAAAAAUAAAACCAUGUUGUCUCUGCAGGUUGUCUUCUGUGAAUAUUUGAGGUUUGUGAAGAUACUGUUAGAUUUCAGUAGAUGGAUGUUGAUUCUCUAGGUUUGUCUUGUUUGUUUUUUUAUUUAAUGAAUGACCUACAGCCGGCUUUUAUGCUUGUAUACAUACUGCUAUGCAUUUUGACUUCUUAAAUGGUAAGAUGUGUCUCUUCUGCUAUUGCUGGUUGAGUCAGUUGUUAUACAGCAAGAUGUUUUUCCUAGACCUGAGUCGUGUACUCUAUGCAAAACCUGUGUGGAAAGACUCAUUUUGUUAUUUUGCUUUGCUGCGAUAACUUUUUUGGUAUUGAAAAUAUGAAUUUCAUGUAGGAAUUCAAUUUAUUGGUAUUGAAGCUGUUGGAGGGAGAAGAAGAAGUAGGAAGAGGUUGAACUUGUUGUGGAAAUCUGCCUGGAUGUGAAAUGCCAGAUCUUUGUUGUGUUCACAGUGAUAUUUAAAUCCUUGUACUUACAUCUUUGUUUUAACGCGAGCGGAAGUUUCACUAUUUGUUUCCCUCCCCCCCCCCUGCCCUUUUUUCUUUUUUUUCUUUUUCUUUUUUUUUUUGGGUCCCCCAAACGUCUCCCACCAUCAGCUGUGCUUCACUCGUUCGCGCUACUGUGGGCACAGGGCCGUCGCUAUUGUGUUCCUGUCGAGACCUAACCACAGUUAUUAUAAUGGAAUAUAUAAGUUCCAUCUCUUCAAUGGUUGUGUACCGUACUCAUUUUAAGCAGUGAAAUAAACCCCCACCCGGAUUGUAUCAACCUUCCGAACUAUUGAAAUAAAAUGAGUUCUGAAAGUUUUUGAAAUAUAUUUCUAGCAAACAAGGUGUUGUGGAAAUGUAUUUUCUGUGAAAUUAUCUGUAGGCGAAUAGAUUUUUUUAAUGGUAAGAAUAAAAAGAUAAGCCUUUCCUUUUGUGGGAAUUUAACGACUCUUUUCAUAUGAGAAAGCUUCAACUUGUCAUGUUUAAUUAGUGUCUUUUUGAAGUGUAUUUUGCUGUGCUUCCAAGUCAUGAAAUUCUGUUGAUUGCAACAGUUUUUAACUUGUCUGCUGUUGUAAAAAUAUCUAGCAGAUAUUGGCAAAAAUAUAAUUUUUUCUGAAUUGCAUCAUUUGGCUGUUGGAAUGUACUAAAAAACUCAUUUGCAACCAGUACAUUUGUACAUUUGUAUUGGGGAAGUUCAGAAACCUAGCAAAAUCCCAUGUUUUUGAAAGAAGUAAUAUAUAUAUAAUGCACUGUGAACAUUGAGAGAGUAUCACGUUAUAUACUUAUUUGUUUCAAAUCUGAUCUGUUUUUAUUUUCAGUUUGUGUGCAUGUAGUUAGAAAACAAAAAAGUUGCAACCAGUAGUUUUCAGUUUGUUUGUAAGCUGCUUUGAUCAAGUGCAAUCUUGUAUGAUAGGGUAAGAAAAGCUCACUGAAGAGACUUCUGCUCCUAAGUUUUAUCAUGCAGGGGAGUAAAGAUGAAAAGACUUGGUUUUUUAAUUGGAAAAUCAUAAAUGAAAAUCAGACCAGCUUAUUUAGCAGCAAAGGUUGUGAGCUGCAAACCUGAAAAUAAAAUGCCAAGUUCACAAUGCUGGCUACCAGUGAGUUGAAACAUUUUGUGGCGUACGAGAUAGGGAAUCUUCCGCCUGCACUACAUCAGUGGCACUAAAGGAACGUUAUGUCCUGGGCCUGUUUGUGGUCAAGUGGACUCCUCCUAGCUUGAGGGUCGUCCUAUGUUGUUGAGACUGUAACGUUUAAUGCUUACGAGUAAGUACCCAAGGCUAGCGCUGUCAACGAAAGUUAGCCAGGCUAAGGGCAAGGGGGGAAGGUGUAUCCUGCAUUAACAGUGCAAUUGGAAAAUUUAGCUUCUGAAUCUUGAACACUUUUUGCGGUUGUUCAAAUUUUCCUUGUUUGUUUUUUAAAAUGAAAUAUUAAGUCAAUUUCAGGAUAAGAUGAUGUUUCCUUUUUGCUCAUGGAUAUGCCUUAAGUGAGAAAGAAUUGAUACGGUUUCUCUGUGGUCUUUUGAGUACUUUCAUUGUGUAUAUUUAUUUAGUUAUUACUUAACAUUUUCGGUUUCAGGUGCCUGGAAGUAAAAACUUAGGUUAAAAAGCUGUCUUUGUUUUUCAGAAUGUGGCAGCGGAUGCCCAAUCUAUCACAAAGAACUUGGCAUGCAAACAUUUUGCUAGUUUUUGGCUUUUGCCCUGGAAGCUUUAAUUUUCAAUGCAUAUAAGAAGAAAGGCUCAAUUUUUUAAAUUUGUUGUUAGCAAUGUGAGUUCUUUGGAACCCCAAACAAAAGAUAAUGGUACUCUAGAGACCACCAGUUCAAUGUCUAUUCUUUAAUUUGAAAAAACAAAAAGAGCUGUCAUCGUUCAUUUGAGACUUUAUUGAAGUGAAGUUUUCUGUCAGGCAAUGUUCCUUUUUAUUUUUACCCAAUCCCCACCCCUCCCCACCCCUCCCCUUGAUACAAGGGAUUAUUUUCUUAAAUGACAUUGUGACGGUCAAGAAUGGACCAGAUUGUGAUGGCCGUGUUGUGUCGUUUGAGUGGAAGGUGUUUAAUGAAGAAUAACGAGAAGGAAGCUUGUUUGUGUUCCAGCCACGUCGGGGCGGGAGAAGCCCUGGCCAGGCCACUCAGUCUGUCUUGACCGUGCCUGCCUUGUUGUGCUGCUUACUGUUGACCCUGUGUUUACUGCUGAGGUUUUUGUUGUUGAACAGCCAAAGUGAUAUACUGAUUGUGCGUUACUUAACUAACUACUACUGUGUGAACUUUUGUGUCCCGUCGCGCCGACUGACUGACUGACCGGCCGCCCAGCGGGCCCCGUCGCUCACUCCGCUAUGUUUGUCGGGUAUUCCGACUUCCUUCGGUCUUACGUUGCGUAGCCGAGUUUGGUUGGGUUCUUUUCCUUCUUUCUUCCUUUUUCUUUUUCUUUCGUAGUGUGUAUAUCCACUGAGUUAUGCAGAAAAAGGUAGAGUAGAACGGCUCUUGAGUUUAUAUUUUCCCUUGAACUAGAAGGAAGAACUGUGUUGGAAGUAUGUCUUGUUUGUUAGAUGUUGACUGAUGUGCACUUCUGAUGCUGGGAAAUCCAUUGAUGUUUCAGCGGAAUCUGUACAAUCAGUCCUUGUGGAACUGGCUCUGCUUCAUUUCUCUGUUUCGAACGCAGCAAGGACGGUAUCUCCUCUGUGCUUUGUUCAUUUUUCAUCAUCGUUCCCCCACCCCCCCGACGUUCAUCAUGAUUUACAGGCCUGCCUCGUAGAAUGGCCGUUAAAAGAAAAGCAAUGCAAAAACAAUUGUAUUAGUGGCAUGUAUUGGAAAAGGCAAUCAUCUGUUUGAUAGCCAAGAUACCCAUUUGUUUGUUGGGUUUUUGUUGUUGUAUAUUUUGGCAGGGAAUUUUUCUUUUUUUCCUAAAUCUGCAAUUUUUGUAUAAAUGUAGAAUUUUUGGUUUUUAGAAAAAUGGUUUACUAGAGGCUAAAUACUAAAAGUAGGGUAGCAGGAACUAAAAGGACUAGCGGUAUAGUGUGGAAUGAGGCUAUAGAACUUUAUAUUUUUGGUACAGUUUGCUAGAUUCGUCUUACAAUAUAGAUUUUUUUUUUCAUAAGUUGUAUUGUAACAUAUUAUUUUUGAAAAUCUUUUCAUGUAAAAAGCAAAAACAGUAAUUUACGUGUGUUUUAAUGAUAUUCCAUUGACCCCUUGGGCAGCAGUCAGGUCAUCUGUUUGAAGUUCAACCGAUAGCAAUAUGGUCGUUCUUUUCUUCAUGGUUAGUGGUGAUUAUGAUGAUCUGUUGUUGUUGUUUUUUUCCUCUUUAUUUUUAUGGUCAUGCAAAAGAAGUGUUGUGAUUUACGACUGAUUUUCUUCCCACGAAAGUCAUUCGUCCGUUGGUCUGUUUUUGUUUUCCACCCUAGUUUGUGUUUCUAGUGUUGUGUACAGCCACAGAUCUUUGCCAUGCCUUAUCAUAACUUUGAAUGUCAUAUAUGGCUCCCUCUACUGCAUUACAUGUUGCGCCCCCCCCCCCCCCGGUCUAGAAUGUUCAUUAUAGCCCUUCUCCGGGGAGUCCUCCCCUACCAUGAUGAGCCAGGCCUGAGGGGUGUACUAUUUGUAGAAAAGACCCACCUGUUUUUUCUUAUUAUAUGGCUGGGCUCGUAUGCACAGUCCUCCUCCCAUAUACCACACCUGACCAUUUAACAUACGUGAUAAAGUAAUGCUAUCUUUAUUCUAUCUCUCUCCGUUCAUUCAGUUAUGAUUGAUUGGGUCAAUCAUCUAUUUAGUUUUUUCUAGGGUAUCUUUUUUACUGCUCUCCGUUCAGUCUCGGUUUUUGUCUAAAUAUUUUUCUAAAGUUUGACUUUGUGUGUGUAUGUACACAAAUGUAAUUUUGUAUUCACUAGCAUUGUUCAUGCAGUAAUGACUACUCCUUACUCUAUUUUUCUUUUGUAACCAUAUCAGGUGUACUCUCUAACUUGUAUCUGCCAGGUGGCAUUUAAUCUUGUAGUGACAUGUUUAAUCAUUUAUCUAUUGGUUGUUUACGUGACAAAUGAUUAUUGUUGUAAUUGAAGACUAUCAUUACUGUUUUGAUAAACUAGUGUUUUUGUUCUUCUUGCAAGGAUGCUGUUUGAAAAAGGAUAGCCGUGUUUUAAAGUCUCCGUAGGUAUUUCAAGGUGUAUAAUUAAUGGAGCUUAGAUUGAAAAUGGAUAGAAGGCGUCUUUGCCAUGCCGUUGAUGUAAUUGUUCAGUUUUCUUUGUGAACUUUUAUCACACUUUUACGACUUUCCUCUAUUGAUGUAAUACAGUGUGAUGUUUUUCGUCGCCAGUAGGGAGAGCUUUAGACUUUUUGUAAAUUUUUAAGGAUUUUGCAGGCAGAAUAGAAAUGUUCAUUCCCAAGUGUCUCUUGUGUAUAGGGCAAGGAGCCAGUGUCUGGAGUUAGUUCAUGGGUGUAGGAUCAGUCUUUUUUUCCCCUCACUCUGUCACCUUUCUGUGUAAGUUGAGCUGUGUGAAACAGUGGAACAGCAUUACAUUUCCUCCUUUUCCUUUCACGUGAUCUAUGUGAACGGCUUGAUAAAUGGCUGUCCCUUUUUGUUCAUGGUUAUUUCUUUGAAUAGCAAAGACUUAGGUUUUACUCAUUUUGUCAUCUGCAAAGUAUUUUGCAUCCUUUGCCCCCGUUGUGGUCAGUUUUUUUCCAUCUUCCAUGAAAAUGAGUUGGUGGAAAGUCAGCCAACUGUUUUGUUGUCAUACACAUUUUAUGCUCACAGAGAUGCGAAGACAUCUGACAUGCAUAUCAAUUUUGCUCUUCCCCAUUCCCUGUGUUGAUAGAUUCAUCCUCGUGCGCUGUUUCGCAGCUCAGUUUUCAUUCAAACAAAAGAAUUUCAUGCAGCUGGGAUCUCGCUUACGGGGUAAAGUUUCUUCCUUGGGGGAAAACCAGUCAGACAGCUUUUCUGUAAGCAUAGCUCUAACCUAGCCCUAGGGUGACAGCUAUGGCCCAAAUGUUCAGGGGCUGGGAAUUUCUCUCCUGCAAGCUUGCUGAGGGUUAGCAUUACAUCGGAGUUAAAGCCCUCUGGCACCAGUCGCUCACUGAUUUGUCCCGAUACUCGCAAGAGAACAUUAUUUGUGUGUUUAAUAAAUAAUUGGCUGUUUCUUCAUAUGUGUCUUGACAUGGUGGAAUCAGGCACUCGUCAAUUUUUAGAGCAUCUUUAUUUGGCUUGCUUUGAUGGGGGAAAAAAAGACCCAUAUUUCGUGAAAACAAGUCCAGAUAUUUUAAAAUGAAGAAGGUCGGGGUCCCCUGGUACCGUAUUAGAAGUAAAUUUAAUCAGAAAAUGGUCACCAAAGUUCUGUUGUUUCUAAAGCUGUGAUUUCCUUGGAAACGACCAAUUUAAGUUUUUUUGUGCCUUUGAUAACGUUUUCCAGUAGAAAGAGAUGUGUUUUUAAAUGGACAUAAGAGGUGUUGAGCUCAAAACAAACAAAAUAAAAGAUAUAAAUUUCCCGACUGAGGGAAAAUAUUGUGUUUCUUUACUUUCGACCUCUUGACGAGCACCAGAUUUCACCAGGAUGCCCCACAUAUGUUGUCACAGACUAAUGCUGGUAUAAGUAGAGUUACUUAGAUGAAAUCUUGGGGGGGAGGAAGAGAUUACUGGGUACCACCACUGGUUUCCAUCUUAGGUAUAUCUUGAACUGUUGUGGGCAGACAAGUGUCAGGGAGUUUGUAAUUUGUGCAAUUCUUUCAUACACCUGUGACCCAGUAGCAGUGCUCCCAAAUUACCAUUAUAUGAAAUGGCUGUGAAAAGGGAGAAUAGUAUUAACUAAAAUAGAUAUGGUACAGUAUGUAGGACUCUAUAAGAGAACCUGUCUUUAGAACCACACAGGUUUAUUUGUGACAGGUUUUACUCAUCAUCCCCAUCUGUCUUGACUUUCUGAGGGAACACCGGGUGCCUCCUUGAAAUUCUGUGAGGACUAGAACUAGAAGUAAAGAUAGGUUAUUGAGUUCAGGUUAAAUUAGUUGUUUCACCAGCUCUGAGACUGAUGCGAAUUGUCCGUCAGUUGAUAGAUCACAGACCUUAAGGUAAUUUUAGGAGAUGUUUGUUUCAGUGACAGCUAAUACGAUCAGUGAUUUGUGGGGGCCUGUUGCUCAAACAAGAGCCGUUGUUGGUCUCUGGCUACUGUACUGUUGGGAUAAUUGAUCGUACUCGCCAAACGUGAGUGAACUUUUCUUUAUGCCAGCAUGACAACCAGUGCUUACGUGAAGUCCUAGGGACGAUUGUACUUUGUUCUAAAUGCAAAUUUUUACAAGUUUUUUUUAUUAUGAACUGGGAUAUCUCUCCCUUGAUGUCAUUCGAAAUUUGUUGAUGCAAAAUAAUGUACUUGUUUGACAUUAGUACGGUUGGAGAUUAUUGUAUUUUCAAAGUUACCCUGUCAUACUUGUACGAAAAUAUGAAUGAUUUUUGUAAUCAGGGCAUAUUUUUCGAUGGAUUGUUUCCAAAUCAUUUCGUGCAAGGAUCGUCAACCAGUUGACCCUCAGUUUUAUUUUUGGAUAUUUGUCUUUAUCAUGGCAGUACCCAUAUGCUGAUAUUUUGAUGUGAUGAGCAGUGACUGUGCCUCACUCCAAUGUUGCUCUUUGAAGAAGAGAGACGCUCCCAACUAUGCAAAAAAUGUCAGUUCAGAAUAUGAAAAAUCCAACCAAAUUGUGUCAGUACAUUCCAAACUUUUUUUUUUUUUUUAAAUUGUUUCAGAAUGCCUUUCGUCCUGCUGUCGUUCUUGCAAUACUUUCGUCCAUUAUAUUGCUUGGAUAGUGCCCCCCCCUGCCCCCUCCUCUACGAGUCGUGUUAGCUGGCACCAUUCUGCUGUGGGCCAGCGGUAACUGGCACGUGGGAGCUAUCAGUGUCUCCCACAUCAUGGCAACUCAGCCUCGGUCUGCUCUGCGUGUGUGUUUGUGUGUGUGUGUGUGUGCGUGCAUACGUGCGCUCCUCCAACACGGGACAAAAACUUGACGUCCAAUCAGCACAGACACAGCGUACACCGAGGCUGACACCAUGCUGUUGUUGGAAAUGAGUACAGUGAAUCAUUUUCUUCAUUUCCCAAACCAACAUUCAUGGUGAACAGUUUGUGGGUUGUUUUUUUUUAAAAUGAGAAACUUGUGUGAUGUUAUUGAAUAUUAUAUUAUUUUUAUAAAUAAUUUUGAUGGACAGUGACUUUGAGCCCUUUACUUGUGAUAAAAAUGUAUUUGUUAAAAUAGCACGAAAUGUCUUCUGAGUUAAGCUGAGAUACAAGAAGUAACGAAAUCCACUCACGCAGCCUGCCCCUCAUUUGUAUGCAAGUCUUGUUCCUUCAAAUUUUGGAAGAGGUUCCAUUUCACCUAACAGGCGUGCACACCGUAGCGUAGACAGAUUUGGGGAAAGCAGUUGGGGAACACAUGUAUGUACACUUUAUAGAGGUUGUGAAGGAAGCCUUUUAGAGAGGGUCGUUGUGUGGAUUAAGACAAGUGUGAAUGGAGUCGUUCACUCCUCUUGGUUUUUCCUACUACUACUACUACUACUACAACUAUUGAGAGUGUAUGCCCCGCCUAGGUCUGGACCUGUGGGGGUUUGAGCUGGUUUUGUUCACUAUAGACUUUUGACAGCAUAGCCACACAUAGAUUGAUCCAUUGUAUUCAAAGUAGUCGUUCAUUAUGUAAACUGUACAUAAAUGUUUAUUUUUGUACAUAAUCAAAUAUCAAUUUGAUUGACAAAGGAUUUGCUAAAAAAAAAAAAAAUUGGAAGAAUGUGAAGAUAUUGGUUGAAAAUUGUUACUAGUUCGAAGUAUUAAUUCUCGUAUAAAGAUUUCCUCAGUUUUGGACAUUAUUGCUUCUCCUUGAUAACAUUGGAUACCAUUUUCUCUGCUUGGCUGCAGCCGUGAAUGCCACCAUCAACAAAUUUUCACUCAAGUUUGGUGUGUGUGUCUAGCAGAGUAGAGGGGCUUUUUGCUCUGUGCUGCUGACAUUCUUGGAUGUUGCUACACAUAAAGAUUGCUGAGUGCUCGUGUAUUGUAGGAUGAGGAGGGAAAAGUGUGUUUUCUACAAGCUCUCUUCUCUCUCUCUCUCUCUCUCCAUUGACUUUAGUGUGAUGGCCUCCCGCUCACUUUGGAGUGGUGAGGCACGGAUGUUUCCACACACUGUGACGACAGGUGGUUCACCUGAGCAUGGCACGAGGUUCGAAUCCCAGAAGGGGCAACGUGGCUGCGUCCAGUCAGACAAAUCUUUACACUGUCAUAUUUUUAUUUCGUUCAUAAGUUUUACUGCUUGUAUUGGGCUAAAAGUAACAAAUAAAACUUUAAAAAAAAAAAAAGAAAAAAAAGAA